AUGGCGCUCGAUCCGACGGUCGGCACGGCUAAGAGGAUCUACCCCAUACCAAAGCCGAUGAAACUUGCCGACAGAAUUCGCCGCUGUGCCAAAUCAGGCUCGGCGACGCUGCAGCGACAGAUGCACUUCGAGAGUGACCCGAAGACAUUUUCCGCGCUCAUGGUAGGCUGCAUAGACUCUCCGCAACAACCGACGCACAUUCUCAUCCUCCCUGCGCCGCAGAGACUCAUUCGCAAAACAGCAUCGUCCUACACCGACCUUACGCUCCCAUAUAAGUGGCAGGACCCACAGACUCUGGAUUAUAUCAGAGACGAAGUAGGUUGCUUGUGCAUCAUGUCGACGAGGCAAAACUCGACUCCGUUCAUCUCUUACGGGGCCCGGGUUUUCCAGGUGCUCGAGCAGUGCCCUACGCUGGAAGGCAUGUACGUCGAUGCCUGGCCUGUCUAUUCGUAUCUACAACUCGCGAUGAAGUACCAUGCAAGCCCCGCCCACAGAAGCUCCAUCGAAGGGGAAUCCAUCUCGAAGUGCGUCGUGCGUCGCUCUGGCAGGCUGAGAAAAGCAAGGAGCGACACAUGUGAGCAUGAUCACGGCGAGGAGUAUGAAGAUGGGGACGAGGAUGAAGACGUAUCAAGUUCUGGGGUUGAGAAAAGCGGAGAUAGCGAGUAUGUGGAUGCCGACGUCAGAUCCGACUCAGACGCGGACUUCGAAGAGCAGAACACGUCUCUCUCGUAUAACGGCGGCGAUAGGAACUCGCUCGCCUCCGACAGUGGUGCAUCACUGGAAGACGCUCGGAUCCCGUCGAAUGCGCCAGUGAUACACUCGCCUGAAGUUGAGCUUGGAACGAGCAAUGCCGUUAUGGAAACUGGUCAACUUCGGUCCCCUUCAGCUCCCGAGUCUUCUCCCACGACUGCAGCCUACCAAUCGGACCCGGGCCCAUCCAACACCGUUCAGCGCGUGAAAAUUCAAGACCUACUCCGUGCACGCGGCUUUCCUUACUCGGAUGCACAGCGUAUCGCCCUCCUCUUUGGGUCCCUGGGGAUCACGGACGAGACAUACCUACGGAUGCUCGCACAUCUGCCUUCUGGAUACCGUGAGGCGUGGCUGUCGGAGAUGCGCCAGAAGAAUCUGCUGAGCGAUAUCCAGUCGUGGGGGAUCAUGGAAAUGCUAGACGCCGAGGGAUCCGAAGAUGAGGACACUCCUGAUCUAGGGCCUGAGGACGGCGAGGGAGACCAUGAUGCGGACGGCCUCGAGUACGCUGGUUUUGCGUCUACAUAG